AUGGAGCGUUCCUUUGUUGACCUCACCGUGGAAGACCCCCGCCGUGAUGAGCCACCAAUUCCCCCUACUCCAACUGUGAGAUUCGGGCAUCUCUGUGGAUCGAACUCUACACCUGGACGGGCAACAUCAUUUGCAGCUCCCGUCCUCACACCACCUCCCUCGAACUCGCGAAAGCGUCCUAGAAUUCUGAACUCAGAAGACCCUGAGAUAGAUGGACCCCAAAAGAGACGUCUCAUACCGGCCAAGGAGCUGAAAUCAGUGAAGCGGGUGCUAUUCUCAUCCGACGGCUCCCCUUCUCGCCCUCAAGCCGCCAUCCGCAGAGACACAAUGAACAGGAGCCAGGUUCCCGAGCCAGAGUCGGGGUCAAGAUACAGAGCACGAGUGAAUUCGGAUGGCAGAAAGCGCUCCAAGCGCGCUAUAGAUCUUACAAAGGGACCCGAACCGGAACAAAGUGAGGACACAGUGAGAAGGUUGGGUAACCCGCCUCGCUUGAUUCAGAGCAUUUUGAUCAAGGACCUGCCAUUCCAACAAGAUGGCGUGACAUUUGAAGUUGGCCUGGACUUAGAGCUGGAAGACGAAUCAUUUUUCCGAAUAGAAAAGAUCACCCGGCAUGGCCAUCGUAUUCUGUUCAAGGGCCGCCGGCUUUUUCAUCCAAAGGCAUUCAACAACAACAAACUCCCGAAUAUCAUCCCACAUGCCCGAAAUGAGCUCAUCUGGGUGCCUCAACGGACAAGUCAAGUUCUACCUGACAAGGUGGUUGGCAUUACCAAGGUCGUCUUCACCAAUGAGCGUUCCCUAUGGGGAAAGGCUCGAGUGCGGACAUGUCGUCUGAAGGUAUUCUACUCUUAUCGUGACUCAAAUCAUGACAACCCGGUGAAAAAUGCGAAUUGGGUGGUUCGAGAUUUGACGUUCGAGGAGUCAGACCCCGGAACAGGACUCACCAACAAGCAACUGCGCGAGAAAUGGAGAGGCCCCACCACACCAUUCGGUGAAGCAAAGGUCGGUGCCAUCGUUGGAACCAUUCAGCGUCGAUGUGAUGAUUCACCUGAGAUCAUUGACCUCGACAACAUUCUUCCGACACCGCCGCCAUCUCCACCUACCUCAUCAACUCAUAUUGACCUCACCUCGGAAGGCCAGAAUGCGUAUACGUUCGGUGAUGGAUUCUGCGGAGCCGGGGGUGCAUCUUGCGGGGCAAAGCAGGCAGGGUUGAAAAUCAAGUGGUCCUUCGACAUCAACGAGUACGCGAUGAAAUCAUACGAAGCCGAUGCCUUUUCUGCGAGUCGAUAUCAUGCAUUGCUCACCUCCAUGCCAGACCUACUCCCGGCGCAUACAGUCAACAACGAGGAGAAUGACGACCGCAACUCCGCAUGUCUGAUAGGUAUUCGGCAAGCAGUCGAAAGAGUCCGGCCUCGCAUCCUCACCAUGGAAGAGACUUUUGGUCUUGAGCAUGACGCUCAUAGGCCCAACCUAAAUCGGGUCAUAAUGGAUUUGAUUGAGCUGGGAUACUCGGUGCGAUGGGAAGUUAUCAAGCUGGCCGGGUACGGAGUGCCGCAGAUACGAAAACGGCUCAUUCUUAUCGCCGCAGGACCAGGAGAGAAUCUUUGUGAGUUCCCUCGCCCGACCUUCGGCGGGCCAGGUCAACCAAGACUCCGAACGAUCCGCGAUGCUAUCUACGACUUGCCUAUCGACUCUCCAAAUCACGACGUGGCGACUCGACUGCGACGGUGGUCAAGAGAGUACCGCAAGGCAUUGGAUUGGGAUGAGCAAGCGAAGACAAUAACCACGGCUGGUGGACAGGAGAACUAUCAUCCUGAUGGGAGACGAACAUUCACAGAUCGGGAGAUUGCCUGCCUUCAAACGUUUCCACGAGAUUAUCAGUUUUACAAGACAGGCGCCCGAAAGCAGAUCGGCAAUGCGUUCCCUCCCAUGGCUGCAAGAGCUAUUUACGAGGCAGCUAAGGAGUCUUUGCGAAAGACUGAUCUGCUCGAAAGUGUGGACAGACAUAUGAGGAUGUGA